AUGGGUCGUCGUUCGGGACGCGCUGCCGCCAGGCGUGCGGCCGCCGCACUCGAAAGCACGCCUAAAUCCUUUGAUCCUGCUGUCGAUGAAGACGAGGCGAUGCAAGACGCCGAUCCUGUAGAGCCGGAAGAAGAAGAGAAAGAAGAGAAGCCCAAGCCCGAGCCCGAGCCCGAAAGCGAACCUGAACCCGAGCAGGAGCCAGACGCCGAGCCAGACGCCGACGAGGAGGAAGCUGCGCCUGAAGAGUCCGGGGAUGAACCUGCUGACAAGGAGGAAGAGUCGGCCGAAUCAGCAAAGGAACCUACGCCACCCCCAGAGCCUGUCAUUCGGCGCAGAAGGGUCGGGCGACCCCUAAGAACCGCCCUCCAGACUGGGACACGGCAGUUGCGACGCCUGAAAGAGAUAGCGAUGCCACUCCAAGGCGACGCGGCCGUGGCGACCAUUGACCGAGAGGGCACUGUUGUCGACAUCGCCGAUGACGAAUGUGUACUCCCAGAGGAUCCCGAGGGAGAGACCAAAGUUGAUAAGCUAGGCAAUCUACACGGUGGGCGGGAUUACCGUUGCCGCACGUUUACAGUUCUUGGUCGCGGGAACAGACUCUAUAUGCUUUCCACUGAGCCCGCACGUUGUGUGGGUUUCAGGGACAGCUAUCUGUUCUUUACUAAGCACUUGAAGCUGCACAAGAUCAUCGUCGACGAUGACGAGAAGCGCGAUAUGAUUGACCGCGAGAUCAUUCCCCACUCCUACAAGGGCCGCGCAAUAGGAAUCGUAACUGCUCGCUCAGUGUUCAGGGAGUUUGGAGCACGCAUGAUUGUCGGUGGGCGACGAAUCGUCGAUGACUACGAAGUCGCCAAGGCCCGUGCUGAGGGAGCCGUUGAGGGCGAGAUUGCCGACCCGACAGACAGAUUCAUUGAGGGCGAGCCUUAUAACAAGAACCAGUAUGUCGCCUGGCACGGCGCUAGCGCCGUCUAUCACCAAAGCGCGCCGGCCGUCCAGGCGCCAAUCGGCAAACCUGACAUCAAGAAAAGGCGGGUGAACGUGAACGACACCAACUGGAUGCUGGAACAUGCCAGGGACGCGAGUCUCUUCAACAGCACCCUCACAGCGGUUCGUUUAGGCCAGGUCAGUGGUGUCUAUGAAAUUCACACCAACAUGAUGCAUUAUCCGGCAAUGAUGCAGCCAACGCAUGCAAAGUUCGAGCAACAGCCGCUAGCGAACGAGGAGAGCACGCCGACUGAGAGCAAGCAUUUCCCACCGCUGCCCUCACGCGUCGCGCGUAAUUUCCAAGUCUUGGACGUGCACAUGGAGAUGCCCCCGGCUGGUAUCUCGACUGCAGCAUACGGAAAGACUGUCACGGCCGAAUUCCUCAAUCCAUUCCGGGGCCUCGGGGCUGUUUCUGAUGAUAUCAAGGAUCUCCUCCCCCAGAGUGUCGAGCUGCGUUUGAUGCGGCCAACGCACAAGAGAAGCAGUGGGUAUCGAGGUUCCGAACCGAAACUGAAGACGGUUGCCGCCGCCUACCUGUCGUGGACAAGGCUGUGCCAAGUACGGACGUUCUGCAUGUGCCAACUCCUGCGCCGAACCUCGAAGAUGGCUCGGGAACAGCAGAGCGAACCACACUCGGUUGUCAAGACGAGCUUCACGAUGGAGAGCAACCCGGUCAAACAUCAAGUAUUUGGGGUUGCCAACGGCAAGAAUGAGGUAGCAAAUGCAGGUGAAGAAUAG